UCAGAAAAUGUGUAAUUUGCAAAGUUAACGAAGCCAUACUAAAUACAUAUGAAUCAUGGGCUUUCUUGUACUGUUUGGAUUUCUUCUAUGAUUGCGUAUCCAACUUGGUAGUGCCACAAUGUGUAAAGAAUGGCAAUUGUCCACGUCUUCCUGAUGAUUGUAACUUUUGCAAGUUAAAUAGAUGUUACGAUGCUUGAAUGAAGGCACAACUGAUUGAUUCAAUUGCUUUUGUCAAAAGCAAUGAUAAGAGGAAUAAUCAUGCAACUCGUCGAGAUGUGCCUUCAGGUUCAUGAUGUCUUGAGAUUGAAAGCAUCCUUUGUUGACCCUCACGUAUCUCUCAGUGAAUUUGUUAGAGAUUUUGGUAUAAAUGUUUUACGCCUCACAGAAGCUAUCAGGAUGAAUAAGAAGAAAGGGAUUUUCUCGUUCUAUGACAAUAAGCUAUUUCUGAUAUUUCAAGAAAAAAAGUUAUUUAAUGAAAAUCUUGAAGCAAUGGAAUGUGUAUGGAAAAUUACCUGUGUUUCUUUGUCUGAAGACAUUAGCAAGAACAAUAACUUUACAAAGUUUUUACAAUUUCGUGGAUCUCUUAUUAAAUUUAAGGAAGAUUUCUGAAAAAAAUAAACUAAAGAAUAAAUAAAAUACCAACUUUUAAAAUAUUUAUUUGAAUAACUGUUUGUGUUCGAAUAAAAAAUUAUAUUUAAAUUAUUUUCUAUGAUACACUGUAUACGUAUUUGUCCUCGAUGACAGAUCAAUUUCAUCAGAAAACUUGAAGUGUAAAAUGUGUUUUAAACAAUUAAUUGUAGACUAGAU